AUGGACUGGCUUGCGCCCUCGGACGAUAAGAGAGUUGUCCUUGGUGUUAUCAAGCUACCGGCCAAGACAAAUGACAACCCUGUUUCUCCGCUCUUUGUGAAUCCUGGAGACGUUAUCAGCUUCGAUCCUCGUGGAGUCGGCGUCUCUACACCUCGAGUUGAAUGCUGGGGCUCUUCUCAAAAGAGAAAGCUAUGGAGUCUCCAAGACACACCCGUUGCCGACGAACACCCAGGUCUUAUCUACGAUGCCUAUGCCCGAGCAUCUGCCUACUCGGGAACUUGUGAGCAGGCUAUGGAGGAAACUGGUCUUCUGCCGUUCCUCGGUAGUGCAUCCAUCGCUCGAGACAUGCUAGAGAUUCUUGACAAGACAGGUAGUGAGAAGCUACGAUACUGGGGAUUCAGUUAUGGCACUAUUCUUGGUGGCGUUUUUGCUGGACUAUACCCUGAGCGUGUUGAGAGACUGGUCAGCGAUGGAAACGUUGACUAUCACGACUGGUUCAACUUGGAUCACGGCAACUUUGUCUCUGACACAGAUAUGAUCUUCGAUGGAUUCGACAAAGCGUGCCAUAAAUCCGGGCCCCUCAAAUGUGCCUUCUAUGCAGACUCGCCAAAAGCAAUUGAGGAACGUCGAAGCAAUCUCCUCGCCCAUCUCAAAAAGUCGCCUGUUCUCGUUCCAGCCUGGACUCACGAUUCUGGCCCUGAACUACCUCUCCUCGUCACCUAUUCCCAUAUUCAACGCCUUAUCCAAACAUCCAUUUAUUCUCCGCUAAAGAAGUUCCCUCAACUUGCUCGUGUAUUCGCUUCCUUAGAGCAGGGCGAUGGAAUCCCCUAUUAUGAGAUGGUGAUGGAGGGUAAAAACAAGAGCCUCAAUGGAGAUAUGUGCGAACUGGGGGAAACUCCUGCAACUAUGCCCCUCGAGACCUCUAUGGGGCUUGACGCUUUCCCUGCUAUCAUGUGUCUGGACUCAAAGCCUGUGACAGAAACACCACAGGAGAUUGCAGAAUAUUUCGACAGAAUCACACACAAGAGUCGUUGGGCGGGGGCAGUCAACUCCAAUUUCCGAGUGUCCUGUGUUGGAAGAAAGACAAGACCAAAGUGGAAGUUUACAGAUGAUAACGUGACGCCUUUGCAGAGUGCGUUUAACAACUCUGCCAAAUUCCCCAGCUCAGUUGUCCUCAAGCAGAACUCCUACGGUCCAAAGCAUUGUUCGCUGGCGGCGCCUUCAGCAUGCUCCCUUACCUAUAUCCGAGAAUACUUCCAGAAGGGCACAUUGCCUCCUGCUGGUGCCGAGUGUGAUUCCGAUUAUGACCUUUUCGAGAUGCCUGGGUUGGAAGAAGAUGUGACUGGUUUGGAUGAGCUCAGGUCGAUUGCGCUCAAGCUGUCAAAGGAGGUUGAGCUUCCCAAGGCCUUCUGA